AUGCUGAUGGUCGACGUGGCUAGUGGUGUAGACGCGAGUCGGAGCCUGCUCGCUGAUAGUGUGCUCGUUGUGGCGGGUGUUGGUGUCUCCCUCACCAUUAUUGCGGCCGUUGUAAGUGACAGUGUUGAUGGACGUGGCAGGUGGCGUGGACGCGAGUCGGGGAGGGCUUUCAGCGUGCUCGUUGUUGCGGGUGCUGCCGUCUAG